CAAAAUGAAAGGUCAAAUAAGAGAUAGUUAUUUUUGCAAAGAUUUGGUUUGUUUGUGACAUUCUGCAAUAGGAAUCGUUAUGGCGAAAGCAUCGGAGCCGCAGGUCCCCAAGACACAUCCCGAUAUUCACCUUGAGCGCUGGUACUGCACACUAUUUCAAAUAGCAAUUCCAUUUUUCCUGGCGGGAGUGGGAACAAUUACUGCAGGACUGAUGCUGGUAGCUACAUUGUGUGGAUUAAAAGGGAACCUGGAUAUGUGCGUAGCUUCAAGAAUUUCUACUCACUCGAAUCUGGGUCACCUUUCUACACGGAAAGCUGUGCUAAAAAUCAUCAUUGGCAACAUGGCUUUAGUUCAGUUGCAGGCCAUUGCUUGUGCCAUAUUACUGAGUGCUCUGACGGUUGGGAUCAGUGUUAUUUCUAACCAUAAUUUUAGCCUUAAGGACUACCCCGUACCGACGGCCGCUGCCCUGAUUACCUCAAGUACCUCCUGCUUCCUCCUAGACUCUAUUGUGAUGGCAGCCAUCCUAUUUUCGCAGCGCUUUAGCUUUAAUCCAGACUACAUGGCUAUUCCUAUCGUGGCCUCCUUGGGCGAUAUAGUUACAAUUGGUCUCCUUUCUUUUAGCGCCGCUACGAUGUACGACGUUAGCAAGUCGAACUUGUGGAUAUCUAUUUGCGUGGUGGUCGGCUAUUUAGUGAUUAUGCUGCCCAUCUGGUUGUUGGUGGUGAUUCCUAAUGUCUAUGUUCGGCCUAUUCUCUUGGUUAGCUGGAAACCGGUCAUUACUGCGCUGUGUAUAAGCCAAAUUGCAGGAUUUGUUCUCAGCUCAUCCGUUCACGGCUUCCGGGCAUUUGCCAUAUUCUCACCCAUUAUAAACGGGAUUGGGGGAAAUUUGGUAUCCGUGGAGGCCAGCCACAUGAGCAGUGUGCUCUAUCAGCGCUCAAUUUUGGGCGUCCUACCCGAAGAUUCACGUAUCGUGUCUUCCUUAGAGGCACCGCUUACUCCCUUUCCAGGCAACGUCGUGCUCGUCAUCCUGGACGAUUAUCUGUAUAUGUCCCACAUAUCUGUGAGGUGGACAUUUGUGGUCGCCUUCGUGCUUACCAGCCUUCUGCAGUUGCUCAUGCUGUUGUGGCUGGCCCACGCUUUAGUCCACCUGUUGUGGCGGCGCAAGAUUGAUCCGGACUCAGCUGCGAUUCCGUAUCUGACCGCCGUCAGAGAUUCAUUGAGCACGAGUCUGCUGGCCGCUAUGUUCCACUUACUCCGGCGGGCAAAGGAGGAGUACGAAACUAGAAAUCGACCAUGGUUUCUAAGCUCGAAACCUUGAUUUUUAAACAUGAAGGAAAUAUGUA